CACUUUAAAAGGAGAGGUUAGCAUCCACAGCAGUCAGAACAACAAAAUAUCAAAGCAAAAACAAGCAAUACCUAGCUUGAGCACCAAAUGGCUCAUAAAGCUAUGGCGCGCCUGGGUGCGGUUUUGGUCAUUCUGUUGAUUGCUUUUGUUGUAGCUGAGGGAUCUCCUAAACCAAAGGCUAAGAAAGUCAAGUGCCACGACAAGAAGUUCUACAAGUGUUACCAUAAAGAUCUCUACUGCCCAGCAGCAUGCCUCCGCACUUGUGUUGUGGAUUGUAAGAAAUGCAAAGCUGUUUGUAAGGCGCCGCCUCCACCACCACCACCUCCUCCACCGCCGCCACCCAGACGAAAGUGGCGCUACCCACCCCCUCCUCCCCCAAAGAGUUAUCACCACUCACCGCCUCCUCCUCGCAAGACUUAUCCUUCACCACCACCUGCCCCUUCAGUUGUUCCUACUCCCCCUCCUCCAGCUACAACUCCACCUCCGUCACCCCCUAUCUCUACCCCGUCGUCACAACCGAUGCCUCCUGCUACUACCCCAUCAGCACCGCCAUCCCCUAUUCCUACUCCAUCACCACCUUUGUCCACACCAUCAUCACCGCCACCCCCUACUCCUACUCCUACUCCAUCACCACCGCUGCCCCCUACUUCUACACCACCUUCUUUCUAUCCUCCACCACCGCCUUCAUCAGAGGCCGCGGGUGAAAAGAGAGUCAAAUGCAAGAAUAAAAACUACCCUCAUUGCUAUGGUCUGGAGCUAAGUUGUCCUAGUGGGUGCCCUGAGCAAUGUGAAGUUGACUGCGUCACAUGCAGUCCCGUUUGUAACUGCAACAAACCAGGUGCUGUUUGCCAAGACCCUAGAUUUAUUGGUGGUGAUGGUAUAACCUUCUACUUCCAUGGCAAGCGAGACCAAGACUUCUGUCUCGUAUCUGAUUCCAACAUCCACAUCAACGCCCAUUUCAUCGGAAAAAGAGACCAAAAUAUGAAGAGGGACUUCACUUGGGUCCAAUCUCUAGGUAUCCUCUUUGACAAUCGCAAGCUCUUCAUAGGUGCCAAACCAACCUCCACUUGGGAUGACACCGUCGACCGCCUAACCCUAGCCAUUGACGACGAAACCAUUAGCCUUGCCGACAACGAAGGAGCAUAUUGGCAAUCACAGGGACUCAAGAUCACAAGGAGCAAGAACACAAAUGCUGUAGAAAUUGAAGCCGAAGGGAAUUUCAAGAUCAAAGCAGUGGUGGUGCCGAUAACGGAGAAAGAGUCGGUGAUACACAAGUAUGGGAUUACACAGGAGGAUUGCUUUGCUCACCUUGACUUGAGCUUCAAGUUUUAUGCCCUAAGUGGGGAAGUUAAUGGCGUGCUAGGACAGACAUACGGUGAGAACUAUGUUACUAGGGUCAAGAUGGGUGUCGUGAUGCCUGUUUUGGGUGGCGAUAGAGAAUUUUCAUCGUCUAGCAUCUUUGCCUCGGAUUGUGCUGUUGCUAGGUUUAGCGGUGAGUCUAGUGAAAAGUCCAAGUAUGCUAGUACUAUAAAUUGCGCUAGUGGGAUGGAUGCCCGUGGAGUUGUUUGUAAGAGGUAAUUAAUUACGGAUCUUUUCUCACUAGAUCGAUCUAUUUCUAUUGUAAAAUAAAGGCCAGAAUCAUGUAUCUGGCUCUAGCAGUUUCAUCACAAAAUUGAUGUAACCUUGGUCAAUUUGUCAAUUAUUUAUUUU